AUGUCAGGAGACAACAACCUCAACCUUGGAAUGAAAGAUACACCUCUGCCUCCCGACUUCACCUCACUUUUUCAGCAGUUUUUGGAAAGUCAACAUCAGUUAAACCAAUACUUUGCUGUUACUGCACAACAACAGCAAGAAAAACAAACUGCUGAUCAUUGUAUCUUGAGAGCCGGAAAUGACA